UUUUGGCGGCUGUCACAAAACUAGGGUUUACAAAUAUAUACAACGCUCUCUCAGCCACUUUUUCCCGCGGGCGACAGGAGUUAGGGCUGUUUUGGCCACCGGAGCGCAGGAAAGAAGAGAAUAGGCGAAUCCAGUAGUCGACGCCAUCAUGAGCAAGCUCCAGAGUGACGCACUAAGAGAAGCCAUCACUACAGUUGUCACUGGUGCAAAAGAGAAAAAGCGCAAGUUUACUGAGACAAUUGAACUCCAGAUUGGACUAAAGAACUAUGAUCCUCAGAAGGACAAACGUUUCAGUGGUUCUGUGAAGUUGCCACACAUUCCCCGGCCUAAGAUGAGGGUUUGCAUGCUUGGAGAUGCACAACAUGUUGAGGAGGCAGAGAAAAUUGGUUUGGACUAUAUGGACGUGGAAGGGCUGAAGAAGAUGAACAAAAACAAGAAAUUGGUGAAGAAACUUGCAAAGAAAUACCAUGCUUUUCUUGCAUCUGAGGCUAUAAUCAAACAAAUUCCAAGGCUUCUUGGUCCGGGUCUUAACAAGGCAGGGAAGUUCCCCACUCUGGUUACUCAUCAAGAAUCCCUAGAGUCUAAAGUGAACGAAACAAAGGCAAUGGUGAAAUUCCAGCUGAAGAAGGUCCUCUGCAUGGGGGUUGCUGUUGGGAACUGCUCAAUGGAGGAGAAGCAGAUAUUCCAGAAUGUUCAGCUCAGUGUCAACUUCCUGGUUUCGUUAUUGAAGAAGAAUUGGCAAAAUGUUAGGUGCUUGUACCUGAAAAGCACAAUGGGGCCGGCAGUUCGCGUUUUUUGAUGUUCUUACUACCUCAUGGUUUUAUCCGGCCAUUCUUCAUUAUUUCGGAUGAAUAUUAGGUGUUUGUACUUGGUUCUUUAUUUGUUAUCAGUUUUCCAGAUCUUGUAAGGGUUCCAUGCGCAUACGGUUAACAGCAGUAGCUACUCUUUUUUGUUUAUUAUGCAAUUUUGAGCAUUGUCUGAUUGGGCCUCAGCUAAUGAGCCCCUAA